AUGGAUUCAUUUGUACAAAAAUACCUUAAGUGUAAAAGGAGGGCAACUGUUAGUAACAUUUGCCCACCGCCACUACUACCACUGACCAAAGCUGAUAUCUUGCCUGGGUCAGAAAAUCAUAGGGUUGGACUGGUGAGAGACAGCAUGUUCCAGAAUCACCUCAUUCUAAAGUCAGAGCUAGGAAGGACAUGCAGACGGUGUACCAAGAUUCCAGGGACAGACUUUGUCUAUGGCUUAACCUUACGUGGUACUGAUGGAGGAGUUCCUGAAGCCAUAGGACACUGGCAGGUAAUGCCACACAAAACCAUCAAACCCAAGAAGGUGCCAAAGGACUUCAUUACCAUGAAUUAUAAAGGAAUUAAGGCAGGUCUUUUCACUGCAAGGGAACACUACUUGUAUCGCCAGCACCAUGAUGUCCGCUGCAAAGGAGCGGAGGGCGAUAGGUUCCCAAAGGAUCCACCUCGUCUUCCUGACGCCAUGACCUAUGGGAAGCCAUAUCAUCCUUCCACACCUAUCACUGAUAUCCUUCAACAUAAGUUUCGGGAUCUGUGGCUACAGGAGCAGCAAAAAUCCAAUAUAUAUCUUAAAGAAAAACACCAGCAGAAAAGGCGAGGGAAAAUGUAUGAGACGCGUACUGUUCAGCUGAGGAAACACCAAAUCCCAGUGAAGCCGGACUCACUGUGGCACAUGCCCCAGUUUAAGAACAUCGCCCCCCACCUUGUCACCUUCCCAACUCUAGAAGAUCGAGCAAAUGCUUUUAAAGCCCAGCGAAUCGAAGCUCCGGUUCGACGGGGUCACCUUGCUCAGGGCAUUUAUACACAUGGCUAG